UCGUAUGAAGUGACAGCGCGGAAGAAAAGGAAACAUUUGGCUGCCAACUCUCAGCCCAAUGGAAGCUGCAAUCAAUCCACACCACGACAGCGCCCUGGUUGGGUUGUCCAGUGGAAUGAUGAGCCAGCACUCCAGCUCAGGCAAACGCAUUCGCAAACCCUCCCUGUUGUACGAGGACUUUGAGAGCCCGUCACUGCCGCAUACCAUGCCCCAAGCAUCCCCUGCCCCUCCGCAGCCCCCAGUAAAGGAUCCCGUCCAUCCAGGCCGCAUGACGAACCAGCUGCAGUACCUCCAGAAAACCCUGACAAAGUUUCUGUGGAAGCACCACUUCUCCUGGCCUUUCCGCGAGCCUGUGGACGCCUACAGGCUUAACCUGCCGGAUUAUUAUAAAAUUAUCAAACAACCAAUGGAUAUGGGGACGAUAAAGAAACGUUUGGAAAAUAACUUUUACCAAAGUGCAAGCGAAUGCAUACAGGACUUCAACACGAUGUUUACUAACUGCUACAUCUACAACAAGCCGAUGGAUGACAUCGUGCUGAUGGCUCAGUCUUUAGAGAAGAUCUUUCUCCAGAAAGUGGCUCAGAUGCCUCAAGAGGAAGUCGAGCUUCCUCCACCAGCCCCUCGUAACAAAAACAGCAGGGGAAGAUCUCACAAAUCUCACAUUGUGUCCACUCUGUCUUUAGCCUCGCGGGCUCAGCAGGUGCCAGCAGUGUCCCAGUCAGCCUACUCUCCUUCCUCUUCUGACACGGGUGAUUCCAUGCUGGCCAACUCUCCUCAGACUGUUCUGACCAAAAGUCUGCCUCCAGCCAACAUCAUGGGCCUGCCUCCUACACAGCCCACAACCAAGAAGAAAGGUGUGAAACGUAAGGCAGACACCACCACCCCCUCCACCAUGGGCUUUUCUGUGGGCAUGUCAGGAGUGACACACAUGCCCCCCCACAUGGUGGGCUUGGGGAAAGGAGGUCACGGCGGCCAAGUCCACGACACCUCCAUGCACACGGUGUCUUCAAUGGGAGACAUGAGCAUGGAGACUCCACCUGGGAUGGGCCUGGUCCGGAGCUCCGGAGGUCCCGUCCUCCUCCAGCCCAUGAUGUCUGGCACGGGACGCAGGGUGGGCAGCGGACGCCCCAUCAAACCCCCCAACAAGGACUUGCCAGAUUCUGUUCAGCAUCAGCCUUCAAAGAAAGGCAAACUAAGUUCUCAGCUGAGGUACUGCAACGGGCUGCUGAAAGACAUGCUGUCGAAGAAACACGCCGGCUACGCCUGGCCUUUCUAUACGCCCGUGGAUGCAGCCUCACUGGGACUGCACGACUAUCACGACAUCAUCAAAUGUCCCAUGGACCUCGGCACCAUCAAGAGAAAGAUGGACUGUCGAGAGUACAGAGACGCUCAGCAGUUCGCCAGCGACGUCAGACUCAUGUUCUCCAACUGCUACAAGUACAAUCCUCCGGAUCACGAUGUGGUCGCGAUGGCACGGAAGCUGCAGGACGUUUUCGAGUUUCGUUUUGCCAAGAUGCCAGACGAGCCACUAGUGGAGCACACAGCCAUGUCCAUAAGUGGACAUCCAACAUCCUCUUCCUCAUCUUCCUCCUCCUCCUCCUCUUCGUCUUCCUCCACCUCCGAGAGCGAGCCCAGCAGCGAGAGCGAAGAGAGCGAGAGCAGUCCCAGCUCCGACAGCGAGGAGGAACGAGCCCACCGCCUGGCCGAGCUGCAGGACCAAGUGUGCACGCAACUGCGGGCUGUGCACGAGCAGCUGGCUGCGCUCUCCCAAGGCCCCAUCACCAAGCCGAAGAAGAAGAAAGAAAAAAAGGAGAAGAAGGAGAAGAAGAAAAAGAAGAAGGUGGAGAAGCGAAGUCGAGGUGUGAGGAGCAGAGCUGGCUCUGAGGAGUGGAAGAUGCCAGGCAAGAUGCUGAAGAGCAAGUCUGCCAAAGCAGGCGGCUCGCAGGCCAAGAGAGGACAAGUAAAGAAGAGCAACAAGACCAGCAAGACUGUAAAGAAGCCUUUCUAUCCGUCCCUGGCUCCCACCAUGCUUCCGCACUACGACUCUGAAGAGGAAGAGGAGAUCAUACCCAUGUCGUAUGACGAGAAGCGCCAGCUCAGCCUCGACAUCAACAAGCUACCCGGCGAGAAACUGGGCCGCGUGGUCCACAUCAUCCAGUCGAGGGAGCCCUCGCUGAGGGACACCAACCCCGAGGAGAUCGAGAUCGACUUUGAAACGCUGAAGCCGUCCACGCUGAAGGAGCUGGAGCGCUACGUCAUGACGUGCCUGAGGAAGAAGCCCCGCAAGCCUUACGCUGCAAGUAAAGGUGGUGUGGGCAUGUCUAAAGAGGAGCUGACUCUGGAGAAGAGGAGAGAGCUGGAGAGGAGGCUGCAGGACGUCAGCGGACAACUCAACUCUGUCAAGAAACCCGCAAAACCUAAAGUGGAGAAGCCCAGCGCUGAGGAGACGCACAGCCAGCCGUCACGUCUCAGCGGCAGCAGCUCCAGCUCAGACUCCUCCUCCUCCUCUUCCUCCUCCUCUUCAUCAGACAGCAGCGAUUCCGACUCCAGUUGAGAUCCUUCACUAAAGCCUACGAGACGAAGCACUCAGGGACCUGGGCGGGCCCAGAACUGGUUACACCCUGAAACCAUUCGACUAAAACACUUGAUGUGGAAUUUGUUACAAGCGAGAGACUAAAAGACGUAAAACC